AUGUCGCCGGGUGUGCAUCCUAUACAGGAUGUUGGGAUUAGCGCUAUUGAAAUAUACUUCCCUAAGAACGUUGUUAAUCAAACUGAUCUUGAGAAGUUUGACAAUUGUUCCAAAGGAAAGUACACUGUUGGACUUGGACAGGAUCAGAUGGGAUUUUGUGCAGACAAUGAGGACGUCGUGUCCAUCUCGCUCACUGUCACAGAUGCACUAUUGCGAAAAUAUUAUAUUGAACCGUCAUCGAUUGGAUUUCUUGCUGUUGGCACAGAAACUCUCAUUGACAAAAGUAAAAGCGUAAAAACAGAGCUGAUGAGAUUAUUUGGAGACAACAGCGAUAUUGAGGUCGAGUUUUUUUCGCUCUCAGCGAGUAAGGGUCCAGUGUUUACGUAUCAUUUGUGCUGA